UAAUUUGAGGUCCGCUCUUGUGAAUUGAGGCGCCUGGGGUGGUCUGCAAGGCAGGUGUUAAGGUUGGUAAAUGCGUGAACUUGCGGUAGAUGUCUUGAGACCACCAGAUUCCUCUGCUCGAGCCACGCAUACCAUUCGCUUCUACACCACCGACACGCCCGACCAUCAUCUUCCAAUAAUGUCCAGGGCAUCGAAGCUCACGCUGGCCGCGACAUCGCUAUUCGCCGCCAGUACCAUUGUCGUUGUCCAUUUCCAACAAAAGUUUGAGAAAGAGGCCAUGCACCAAGGAGUCGUACGCGACAUCGAACAGCAGCGCAUCAAACGAGAGCGCCAACUCGACUUCGACAUGCAGCGCGCUCUCGAGGAGGAGUAUAAGCGGGAGCAGACCGUCAAAGAUGCGACGGCGCCCUCACAACCUAGCGCAAGUGGCAUACAGACAUGACCUGUGGUCAAUGUCCUGUCUUGUUUUUAGCCGGACCACAACUGGGCAAUACGAAGACAGGACUGGAUCGAAGGCGAACAAUAACAUACGGCGCAUUUGUACGAUAAGGGGAAUAGAGGACCGAGCAAACGAUGU